AUGGCGCCUACCAAGGAAAAGGAGAAAAAUGCCGGCAGGCGGAAGAGCAUCAACAUAUUCUCCCGGGCUUCCCUGAGUAGCCUCACCCAAAUCAACAGCGAGAUAACGCUCGGCCCAGUCGAAGAUGCCGAGAAGAAGGACAAGAAGAGGAUGAGCAAGCGGAACUCGUUAUUCAGCCUGGCCCCUUCUCCGAAUCCCGAUCUGCUGCAACCACUAUCAGACGGGUCCGUGAGCCCAAUUAAGACGGGUUGGGUCGAUUCUUCGAAAGUGCGAUCAAAGACUCUCCAGAAGAGUCGACCAUCGUCGAUAUUUGGAUCGCUGGGUAGGAGAUCGCUCACACAGGUUGAUGAGGGGGAAACCGACAGUGCAUACGGAACACCGAAUACUCCUCCGGAAACAGAGGGGCAGAUACAAGCUGGACUCUCGGCGAGCAGGACGGUCCUUUUUUAUGGCGAGAUCCAGACUACGAGUGGCAUGUUUAGGAAGAAGAAGGAGUACCUGGUGUUGACGGAUACCCAUCUGCUGCGGUUCAAGAGCCAGGUUCGGGCACACGAGGCUUUCCCCUCUAUUCCAAUGCCCUACGGACGAUCAAAUGGGACCCGCCAUCCAUCGACCACGUCGAUUGGUUCCUUACAGGAGGUGCAGUCGAUCAACUCUUAUACCUCAGCGGAGCAUGAAAACCAAAUACCCCUGAAACAGAUCGUCACAGUAUACAGGAUUGAGGAUGGACGGCCUUUCUUCACUACCGAGGUCGUAUGGCUGGAUGAAGAUUCUCAUGGAGUUGGCUCGGUUCAGCUUAUGCUUCACGACCCCAAGGAUGCAGAGCUUUGGCACUCUUCCAUUCGAGGAGCGGCGCAGAAAGCGAGACUUCUGAUGGUAGAGCCAUUUCCGGAACGAGUCGUUCACUAUCUUGCUACAGCUGUGGAAGGUGUCGAUGAUUAUGAUUCUGAACACUUCCAGAUCUUCCGAGUGGUUCGAAGAACAACGACAAAACCAGGACGGUCAUCAGACGACUUGCAGAAGAUAGGGUCAUCGGUGUUCUAUUUGGUAGUUGGCCUGAACAGAGUCCACUUGGUACCUCCUCCUGAAUACAACUCGCCAAACGGCCGUAUCUCCAACGUCAAGAUCAGUAGGUCCUCGUUGGGUAUAGUCUCACUGCUCGAUUUGAGAGUCACCCACGAAGAUGACCGGUUUGAACUGGGGUUCCGGCAGCCAAUGCAAGGUCCAGAAGUUCUCGAGCUGGCAGCUUCGGCAAGCCCUGAUAUUGCUUUCGCCCUUCUGCGAGCUUGGCGUUAUCUCAAACCAUUCUGGGACGAUCACAACUUCAAUUACUCCGGACCUCGGCGCAUUAUUGAUACUUGCGAGAUGGGCCUUCCUAUCGACGACGACCAAGUCGACUCUUUUGAUAGGACUCUUGCCGCUUACUGCUUGGCCUAUAACACCAGUCCUGGUAAUGUCCAGUAUGCGGUGGACUACGAGGCCGAAGAUGCACCAGAAUUCUGGCUGUGGCCACCGAAGUAUUCCAAGAAAUAUUCUGUUGCGGAGUUGCUGGCUGUCAUGCGGAGUCUACGGUGUAAUGACCUCUUCAGAUCAAUUUCUUUCCGAAAUAUUGAUUUGCACUCCUUGCACGGCACGAUUGACAAUAACGGGUUCGAACACGCAGCAUGUUCGACCCGGGGUGGUAUAUCUAUCGAAAAGUACUUUGCCCUGAAUCCGAAGAACAAAUCAUUGCUGUACCAAGAAGUACAAGCCCUCGCUUUGAAAUCAAGCAAGGUCCGGAGAAUGGAUUUCACCCAGUGCCUGCCACGGAGACGGCCGAAAGACAAUUUUGACUUCGAAGGUAGCGAGGUUGACAAAGACCCUGGAUGUGAGAUUGUGGCCGCCCUUCUCCCCCUGUGCCAAGCCCAACUCACAAAUGUCAAUUGGAUCAUCCUGAAUGGUAUAGAGCUAGGAGAAACUGAUCUUGAGGCCCUGGUCCCGGCUAUGCAAAGGUCAAAGGCAGAACUUAGGGCUAUUGAGUGCUCUCAUUGCGGGCUGGAUGAUAGAGGCCUCAUGCAGAUCAUUACACAUCUUGACAGACAAAAUGCUACAUUAGAAUACAUAAACCUCUCGGACAAUCCUGGGCGAAUCAAUCUGGAAGUGUUUCGAACUUCCAUGAGUCGGUUUACAAGACUAAGAAAACUUAACCUUGCGAGGACUACCUGGACCACUGGAGAUAAGCCACUGGUGCUUCCAGAGAUACUGAUGACUUGGAGGCUCCAGGAGUUGGUAUUGGACAACGUAGCGCUCAAUGCGAAUACAAUCGAGUUAAUAUCGAGAUACUUGGCCAGCGAGAUGUCGGACCACCUCUACGUUCUCAAGUUGGACCAAUGUGGCUUGAACGGUGACGAUGUCGCCCUCUUGAUGCGUUCUAUGACUAGAAUGCCUGGCGAGGUCCGCUACCUUGAGCUGCAUGUUAGUGCCAACAGGCUGGAGAAAGGAAUCGGUGGAAUCGUCCAGGCUAUCCGAGCUAAUCAAGCCCCCACCCACCUAUUCCUACGCAUGAUUGAGUUUGCGAAAGAAGACCACUUUAGGGAGCUGCUGCAAGCAUUACGAACUAACACCACAAUUCGCUGCCUGGAUAUCUCGAAGGCGUCUCUCCCAUACGACGCAGGAGAGGAAACCUGCGAGGCCAUGAGAUUAGUAUUUGAGGAUAACAAGACAUUGGAGGACUUGGAUAUUUCAGGCGAGCAAGCACAUCUUGAAGUCACUCGCUUUGGAAUCGGACUCAACAGCGCUCUGCAGGGCUUGAAGAAGAACAAGACUCUCAAGAUAUUGCGAAUUAUGUACCAGAACCUCGGUCUGGAAGGCGCAAACACUCUAUCAUCGGUCAUCGAAGCAGAUACAGGCCUCACCCAUGUUUACUGCGAGCACAACAACAUCAAUCUCCAAGGCUUCACCAUUCUGGUAAAUGCUCUCGCUAAGAAUACGAAAAUCUUGUUCCUUCCAUUCUUGGAGGAUGAUCAAAAUACAUCCAUGAAGCGGAUCAAUGCCGACAUGCGAGAGUCUCGUUCAGCAUCAGCCUCCAAGGAUUCCAAUGUCAAGAGCUCAGUCCGCCGAACUCUCAACACCUUUGGCGUUGGUCAUUUGAAAUCCGCAAAACCCGAGCUAACGCCCCAAGAUAUCGACGAAGUUGCCAGAGUCUUGCACGACCGCUGGCAAACCCAGAUGGGCCGCCUCGCACAGUUUCUUGAAAGAAACGCUAAGAUAGCUGCCGGUGCGCCGGGCUACGGUGUUGAAGGCGAGAGUAUGUUGAGCGAAGAGACGAUGCGACCUGCGACUGCGUUGUCUGACAUGGGGAUUUUGGAUCACGUUCUCGGCACUACGACGCCGAAGAUUGAGCUGGGGAACCCAGUCGAUGCGCAUGUAUAUACGAGGACCCCUGCCAUGAAUAUCAACGGGGACGUAGAGCAUGGAACUGGAAAGCGGGACGAGAAUGGGAGGAUAGACAUGGUGCCGGAGAGAGAUGGUGAGGGGGAGCGACCCGGGACUGCGAAUAGCCUGAGUUUUGACCUGAGGAAUACGGAGGGCGCGAUGUUUAUGAUGGAUAGAUGA